GCCACAGAUGUGUGCAUUAACUAUUUACUCUAUGAAUUAUUGACUAAAAUUGUAAUGAAUCCUUCUUAGUUUUGCUAUGAAGAUCAAACCAACAGAGACGAGCAAAUGAAAAUGAUAAUCUAUCUGUUGGUGUUUUGGGCUUGCUGCUGCUGUAGUAGCCAUGGAGUUAUAUCGCAAAAUGUGCACCAUGUUCAAAAGAGAAGCCUUGGAAAGUCAUGCAGUUUUAAAAUAGGAUCUAAUCCAGUAGAAAAGUUCCCUAAUAAUAAAGUAUUUCAAUAUGAACAUGGCAGCUUCAGAUGUCUCAAGUUUAAAUGUGAUCAAUCUGGAAAUGUCAUCCUACUCAAUGAUGAAAGCGGUUGUGAAUUUAAUGGAGAAUGUGUACCUGUAGAUCAAACUAGAAGUGAUGGAAAUUGUUCUUUUCGUAUCUGUGGCAUCAAUUUUAAGAAAUUUGAAAGCUCUUCUCAGAUUGAAAUGGAUAUGUAUCUUUCAAUGUCGCUUACUAAAUGUGAAUUUGGCAGUGAAUGUAUUGCUAUAGGUGAAAAGAAGUAUAAUGAAACCAAUUGUAUGGAAGCAGAGUGUGGUGCCAUACCAGCUGACUUCAACGGUAAAGUGUUUGGAUUAAAGACUUUCUGGAAACCAACAAGAGCUGAUUGUCCAAACAAUGGUACAUGCGUCCAGCGACACAAGAUGGUGGUUCAAGACUGUUUCGGCUACAUGUGUGUCAGCGAUGUUACAGAAAAUAAGACACAGGAUGGCAGCAGCUUCGAUUACAGCGGAUCAAGGGGUCUUAUUGUCCUACAGAAAGCUUGUAAAAUGAACACACAAUGUUUGAAUCCUGGAGAUAAAUACAAACAUGCCAAAUGUCUGGAAUCUACUUGUAAUAGUGAUGGACAACUUGAAAUGUCACUUGAGGGUUGUACAAACUUUAUGACUGGUGAAUGUUCUUUAUUGGGUGAUACUGUUAGUCCUAUGCCGUGUGUCAAAUAUAUGUGUACUAAAAAUGACAAAACGUACGGUUUCAAACCUGUAGCACAAGGUUGUGAGAGUGGUGAUGAAUGUGUAACGAUAGGGGCAGCAGGAAAUGAUCCCGUUAAGAAAUGUAAAAGACGAUGUAUUAAAGAACUAACAGAAAUUGGUGACAUAUCCUACAGAUUUGGUGGUCAGUGUCUUUGAAAUUCAGUGUUGACAUAAUGACUUGAUAAUCAGUUCUUGGUUGAAUGACAUAAUAUGUAUGUUCAAUUGGAAUAAAAGCUUUUAUUCAGUGUC